AUAAUCUAAAUUAUUUAGGUAUUUAUUUUGUUUGUGUUUGAGGUUCAUACUGUUUUAAAUCAAUAAUAUUUCUGAGUGGUUGCUAUUGGAGAAGUAAGCAGGCGAAAGUUUAGACGUCCUUAGUGCCUUUUUUGAUUAAGAUGGCGGGGGACGACUCAGGAGUGACUUUUGGACAGCCACAUUUGGCCAAGCAAGAUCUUAAUAAUUUGGAUACCUCUAAACUUACAGCACUGUCUCCAGAAGUGAUUAGUCGACAAGCCACUAUAAACAUAGGAACGAUUGGCCAUGUAGCCCAUGGAAAGUCAACAGUAGUAAAAGCUAUUUCUGGUGUACAUACUGUCAGAUUUAAAAAUGAACUCGAGAGAAAUAUCACAAUCAAGCUGGGCUAUGCCAAUGCCAAGGUUUAUAAACUUGAUGACCCUAGCUGUCCUCGACCAGAGUGUUACAGAUCUUGUGGAAGUAGCACACCAGAUGAGUUCCCAACAGACAUUCCAGGUACAAAGGGGAACUUCAAACUUGUCAGGCAUGUCUCAUUUGUGGAUUGCCCUGGUCAUGAUAUUUUGAUGGCUACCAUGCUGAACGGUGCAGCUGUUAUGGAUGCUGCUCUUCUUUUGAUAGCCGGAAAUGAAUCAUGCCCUCAGCCUCAGACAUCUGAACAUCUGGCUGCAAUUGAAAUAAUGAAAUUAAAACAUAUUUUAAUUCUACAAAAUAAGAUUGAUCUAGUAAAGGAAAGCCAAGCCAAAGAGCAGUAUGAACAGAUAAUUGCUUUCGUACAAGGUACAGUUGCAGAAGGUGCACCAAUAAUUCCAAUUUCUGCCCAGUUGAAGUAUAAUAUAGAGGUGGUCUGCGAGUACAUUGUUAACAAAAUUCCAGUGCCUGUCCGUGAUUUCACAUCAGAACCUAGGCUUAUCGUCAUCAGGUCAUUUGAUGUUAACAAACCUGGAUGUGAAGUUGAUGACCUUAAAGGUGGCGUAGCCGGUGGCAGUAUUUUGAAAGGAGUAUUAAAGGUAAUAUUUCUCAUGCAUAUUGCAUUAAGAAGUCUCAGGAAAUGCCCUUCUGGGGAGACUAGGAACAUUAUUGUCAACAAUUUGAAGUUGUUUUAUCACAAGUUGUUUAAAUUCAAGAAACUCCAAUUGGAAGUUCAGUAUUUGAGGGAAUGUAUUGAUGUCUUUAAAACUGAACUUAUUCGUCUGGAUGCUGAUAUCCAGGCGGACAAUGAUUUUCUACGCUAUAAAUACAAAUUUACACGUAUUUUCUUUAGUAUUGACAAUACUUCUCUCAAAAUUAGAGAGACUAAAUUAAGGAAGUUGAACAGGGACAAGCACGAUUACGAACACGGGUUGGCAUACCCCCCACCCCCUAUGAAUGGAUACAAUAAACUUUUAGCCAGUAAUGGGAACGGGAUUGCUGGGACCAAUUCUGCGGACGUUCCAUCUCUAGGAUCAGGACCAUCUGGUCAGUUGAAUCAUAUGGAUUCUGAGGGAGUAGGCAUUAGAAGUGAGAGGAUUUCUAACCAACGGAAUCGUGUCACUUCUAACAGCGCUUCUACUGAUGCUGUUAUUCAUCCUUCAUCGCAGGAUUUUCAGGGAGCUGGUGCAAUUACAUUUAUAAUUGGUAACAAUUCAGUGGCUGGUCUUCAUGUUUCUAUGGAAACUGUGAUGGAGGAAACUGGCUACCUGCUUCUCAUGUCUCCGUGGAAACAGUCUCAUAGAGAAGCUGGCUUCAGUCUGGUGGAGAGUGAUUGGCUGAGGAAAAAAUUGGCUAGGAGAAAACCAUUGUAUAAUUUCAUGGUAUUUCCUCUAAUUGUAGGUGUUGGAACCAAGAUUGAUCCAACACUGUGUAGAGCAGAUCGUAUGGUGGGACAGGUUCUAGGAGCAGUUGGAGCCUUACCAGAAAUAUUCACUGAGUUAGAAAUCUCUUAUUUCUUGCUAAGAAGGCUGCUAGGUGUCCGCACAGAAGGUGACAAGAAGGCUGCAAAGGUGCAAAAAUUAUCAAAGAAUGAGGUACUAAUGGUGAAUAUAGGCUCUUUGUCUACUGGAGGUAGAGUAAGUGCUGUGAAGGCCGACUUGGCAAAGAUUGUGCUUACUAACCCUGUGUGCACAGAAGUGGGAGAAAAAAUUGCACUGAGUCGUAGAGUAGAAAAACACUGGCGAUUAAUUGGCUGGGGGCAGAUACGACGAGGUGUUACAAUCAAGCCAACUGUGGAUGAUGACUAAUAGUAAGAUCAAGGACCCGUCACUAUGAGAAGCUUUUUCACUCAUGGAAGCAGUUUGUCAGCUAAUCUUCAAAGGACAUCCAAUCUUGUUUGAACAAUUCCACACACUUGCUGUUUCCAUAUUUCCCUGUAUAGAGGCAUCUUUUUUUCAGCAAGGAUAGGAGAUUCUGAGAAGAUGAGAUCUAUGCUGCGGCCUUUUAAUGUUUAGGCUGUCAAAAAAUAAAGAAUUUUGAAACUACA